AAGCAAAACAUACCCACAGAGACAGGAGGUUUCUGCUGUGAGAGAGAAAUUGACUGAACUGAUGCUAGAAGAUUAUUGGAAAACGUUAGGGUGCUGAUUUAGAGAUGUUUUCGCAAUAUUCUGAAUAAUGCUGGGAUAAAUAAUGGAUAUAUGCGCAAAUGUAAACUGCAUUAUGGGCCAGCUCAUGUCAUCCGAAGAAGAACUUACUGAGCUGAAGAAGACAGCUGGCUCUGUCAUGUAUGAUGCCAUGGUGGAGGAGGAGGCGGUUCCUGACCUCGCAGUGGUGCACCCUCUGCUCCUAGCCAAUCAAAAUGAGGUUUCUGUCUCCCAGGCCAGUCUUCAAGAACACCUGAAACAGAUUCAGAGUGACCUUGGCAAGCGGGCACCCACCUACCUCAGGGAUCUGAUUGGUCGACUGUCUGCCUUCUCCGAUGAGCCACGCCUGGCUGGCUUGGUGGGGUUAGCGGUCACCAUGGUGAUGGACGUGGCCUGGUCAUCAAAACAGUCAGCAGGAGUGAAAGGGAGGCCAGCGGCUUCGCCGUCGUGUCAGCAGAGUGUGUGGGAGCUGCAGGAGGUGAUGGAAGAGUACCUGAAGCGGUGCAGGAUCAGCCUGAGCGAUAAGAGGAGGCUGAUCGAGGACUCGGUCCGGCUCGAGGCCCAGCUGAGCCUCAUCCUCACUCGGCUGAAGACCUGUCUGCUUGGGGGCGGCUGCGACUCCAGAUCUCUAAGACACUGGGCCUGCGGAGCCGCAUUUCACACGCAGAUGCUGGUUCAUCUCGCUUGUUUUGAGGACAAAGCAGAGCCUUUAUCUGCAAGGGCAGCAAUGGAUCAGUACCUGGAAGACCUCAAACAGAUCAUAGCUGCCUACAGGUGUUAUAAAGCUACAACGGUCUGUGUUCUGAAAUGCAGAGGAGGUCUUCUGGCCAAAUCUGACCAUUCCCAAGAUGUGCCAGAGGAGGGCGCCAUGACAGGCCUCACUGUGACAGACAGAGAGACGGGAAAGAGCGUGACCAUCGCGCUGUCUGUCCUGGAGGACGAGAUCGGUCGGAGAAAGCUCAAUUCUGGCACAGUCACGUCCUCCCAAGUUAACCUGGACCUCAUCACGUCAGAUCACUACUCUCAGGCAUACCUGGACAGCUUUUUCUCUGAUAGAGGACCCGUGGCAGAGCUGGAGAAUUACUUUGUCAACGCUAGCGAGAGACUGGCAAUGCACAGAACCGAUCUGCAACGUAAAAACAAGACGGGCGCGAGGAAAGCUGUAGAAAAAAGUGAAGAUGGGCACGUUUUAGACGAGGCCCAGGUACUAUCUGACAAAGAAAGAGCAGAACGGAAACCGAAAGGAGAAGAGCCAAAGGAAAGCAGUGAGCGAGAUGCGAGUUUAAAGUUGAGUAUUGUCGAAACGGAGCCAGAGGAAAGCAUCACUCGCACACAGCCGGAUCCAGCAAGCGCAGAAGGCUCGAGAAGUCAGUCCGCUGCUGAAGGGAAAUGAAAAGCUGCUCUCAUGCAGUUGAAAAUCCGACCUUUAUUGUUUGUAAUUCACUCAGAAAUAAGAUUUUUAUUGAUUUGCUAGCAGAGUAGCGAACCUGAGUUGCAACCACCAGAGCUACAGAAAAAUCAAUUGUUACGUGCCAGAAUCUGCAGUAUCACAACCGACUGGAGACUAGAGUAAACUUUGGUUUCCAGUAUUGUUAUGAAAUGUGUUCAGCUUCCUAUUAAAGACAAACAGCUGGUUUACCGAUUUAAAAAGUGGCCUUCAGCUUGGUUCUGGUUCUGCUCAUCUUCAUCUUGACAACAGGCCAAAGAUUCUCUAUGGGGUUUAAAUCUCCUACAAACUCUACAUGUGUUUUUCUUCACAAUUCUAUCAGAAGUGUUUUUGUUUGAGCGUUCACCUUUUUGUGCCACAGUUUUUCCUUCCACUUAAUUUAAAUGCUUGGAAACUGGAACACUGCUAAUCAGUAUUAUUUUCCUUUGAUGCUCUAAGCCAAAACAUAACAUUUCAGAGUAAAGACAAUGCAGCUGUUUUUGUUGAUCAUAUGCAACAAAUAUCUCUUGUUUGUGAGAAACUGAAUUUUUUAGUUUUUAUGUGCUGUAAGCCAAACUUAUAAAAAUAAACAGAAAUAAAAUCUUCAAAGGACAUAAAAAUAAAAA